AUGGCACCACCUACAUCUAAAUCUUUGUCUGAGAUACUUGCUCGCUUUUACCCUUUUGCUGGUCGAAUCAAGAACAGCUCAAUUGAGUGCAACGACGAUGGGGUGCCUUUUUACGAGGCAUUUGCUUAUAAUUAUCAGUUGGAAGACGUUCUUAGACAACCCGAUGUGGAUGUAAACUUCCUUCCUACUGUCGAAGACAACUCAUUAUUGUCCUAUAGUACAGUUCCAUUACUCGUUCAAGUCACCAUUUUUGAAUGUGGAAGCAUGGCUAUUAGUACGCGUGUUUCGCACAAGAUUGUUGAUCGUGCCUCCUCGUGCACCCUGAUCGAUGCCUGGGCAGUCACUACUCGAGGUGGCACCAAAUUUGCAGUUCCAGAAUUCGUUGCUGCUGCAAAAUUCUUGCCACCUCCUAAUCCUCAAGUUUCUACAUUGCUUGAAUCGCAAAUAAUCUCAUGUGAUAAUAACCAACAUAUUAGUAAAAUCUUUGUCUUUGAUGCUUCUACUACUGCAUCGCUCAAGGCUAAAGCCAUCAGCGAUGUAGUGCCAGUGCCCACGCGCGUUGAAGUUGUAUCAGCUGUGAUAUGGAAAUGUGCCAUGGCUGCUACGUCAGGGAUUGGGAGAAGGUCGUCAUGCUUGAUUCAAAAUGUCAACAUGAGAAAACGGUUCGUCCCUCCAAUGCCAAAACAUUGUGUAGGAAAUGUCGUUGCAGUUAGCGUAGCCAGCUGCAAAGGUGAAAAUGACUGUUCUGACUUGCCUACCUUGGUCUCUUGUAUAAGAAAAGGUUUAUUAGAACUGAUUCCCAAAUAUAAGGAUAAACAAGAACGAGAUAAGGCGAUUUUUGCCAUUCCCUACAACAGCAUGGAGCUCACGAGAGCAUUUAGGCGUCGAGAGGUAGAUAUAUACCUUAAUAGCUGGUGUGGUUACCAAUUUUAUGAUUGA